UAGCAUCAGUGUCUGCCGACGGCAGAUACCAGCGCCCUUGAAGUCGCAGUGUGUAAAUGCAUCCCAAGUUGCUGUGGGAGUUGUGUGUGGACACCAUAGUGCAGGCUACCGUCAGGUACCAGCGCUUCUGUCGUCGGCCUAGGGAGGUGUGGUUGGAGGUGCAGAAGGUGUGGAGGAUGGUGUGGAGGAUGAAUCCGCCAAUACCACUGCGCGCGUCUGUUCUUCUUCACAGUCACCUUUGGCAAGGGCUCUAUCCUGCAGCCGAGAAUGACAUAACUAGAGUCCUGUUGGCAUUACUUGGCGCAAAGUGUCCCAGGAUCUGUCUUGUCCGGUUCGAGAUGGAAGUGGAUAGGAUCAUCUUUCCAGAGGUGUUUUCCUCAUCUGGAGUGUACUCUAGACAGGACCACCUGCAAGAGCUAGAUAUAUCCGGCAUAGAUUUGGGCUUCAACUGUAAAUUUUUGGUAUUCCUGCUGCCAUGGUGCCAUAAACUUGCGGCACUAAAGUUAGGGGUGAAUGUUACUUACAAUAUUUUAUAUGCGGCACAGGCUUGUCCCAUCACAGUUCUUCAUAUAAGUCAACGAAAGAAUUAUAUGCCAGAACUGACUGAAAAUAAUUUGAUGGAAAUGUUGUUUGGUAUCAGAGAUAAAAGUGCGAUGGAGGCUUUGGAUGACCUGGAGCAAGGAAGGCUCAUGAACCUUAACCCAACCUGGCCACGACUGGAGGAGUUUAGUGUCGGACGUUUUCCUGUAUCAAACGAAUUCUUCCUCAUCCUCUUGAUAAUUUUCCCUAGAUUUCGUUGUUUAUCGAUCAAUUUGCAAAACAAUCUUUAUGUAAUAAAUUAUUACUAUAACUUGCUACUAAAAUUUAAAACACUACGUAAACUCUCGAUAAGCACCUGCACCACAGUCGUCAACACCGGCUUCAUGCAGGUGUUAGCGGAUGUUGCUCCGAUCCUUGAGGAGGUGAAAGUGGCUGGCAGAUGUAAGGAUAUGAUUAUGAUUCUUAAAGAAAUACUGCCGCUCAAUAACGGCUUCCCUUUUCUCCAUACUCUUAGACUUUACGAAUUAAAACACUUCGGUCCAGGAGAGCCUCCCUUGGAAGCCUUCAUGGCUCUUGGCCCGCGUUUGAAGUUGCUCGAGGUGUUUGGUGGAAAGUCUCGGCACAUACGGGUGAAAGAUAUAGUCAAAUUUCUUACAGUCCUCCCGGUUCUUGAAGAAGUAACCAUUGGCUUUGAUUUCGGGUUCAGGUGUAUCCAGUGUAGUAAUAUCUCACCUGCCGACUACAACAUCAAGAUUGAUAACGUAAAAACCUUGAGGUGCCAGUCUCGCUUUCUGACGCACAAGAGCGUCAGGUGCCUGCUGAAGUACUUCCCUGCCCUGCAGGAAGUGGUUAUACUUGGCAAGGUUGAUGACGUCAACAAGGUGCUGGCCUUCCUGAAGUUCUUGCCAGAGUUGAGAGCGGUUAAAGUGGUGGUGAUGGAGAAGAUGAGCGUGGCAGACCUGUGUGAGAUGCCCAAAGCAAGCCUCGACCAGCGGCCCUGGGAGCUCCACGCCAACACAGCCUCCGUCAGCCCCGCCGACAGACGCAACCUCAUUAACUCUGGCUGGACUUUCCUGCCUGUAACCCGCUACGACUACCCCUGAACAGUAAUGACUACCGACGAUUACCCUGGGGGUCAUGACCUUGUAAACUCUUAGCAGGGGAAAAUUUUAAUUUAUUUUGUUUGUGAUUGUAAUGCCUCAUUUUCGAAAUAAUUUUUAUUACUGAAUUUUUACCAGCUUGACUGUUUUGUACGAGGCUUUCAUGGCAAUUCAUGUAACUUGAUUUUGUAAAAUUGUAAGUUUUAAAUAUAGUUACUAAUUGUAUAUUGCAAGUGAAGCAUGAAAAGUUGCAGAUUUCAUAGUGUGGCGCAUAAGGUCAAACUUCCUGAGAAAAACUGCCAACGUUUUUAGUAUAGUAAGUUUUUUAAUUUUGAUAAUGUAGAAGAUUAUAAACUGAUGAAUAAUGACACGUUCUGGACAGUUGAUUACAAUAAUAAACUGUGAAACGUUUUGUAUGGAAUAUAUUUUUUUAAAUAAAGAUAAUUGCCAACA